AUGGAUGGUAGCUGUACGGAUCGCACCUGUCACAUCUUUGACUUGCGUCAUGGCAUACGACUUGUCGGGGGGAAAAAGCUAUCGCCCAAGGGCCACGCGGUUUAUCAGCGACCAAUAAGAGCGGCUCUAGGCCCAGAUCACUCCCAGUUGAUCAACAGACACGGUGCCAGAAUGAUCGCAACGUGGUUCGUGCUGCUUGCUGUGGCGCUCACAGCCGUCGCUGCCGAUGUCCCGGUGGUGACGAGAGCCGAAUGGAAUGCUCGGCCAGCUAGUGGGGAUAUUGACAGCAUGGAGACACCUCUGGCCCGAGCCGUGAUCGCCCACACGGGCGGAGGCGGCUGCAGUGACGAUCAGGGCUGUGCGAACCUGAUGCGCAAUCUGCAGCAGUACCAGAUGACGAGGCAGAGGUUCUCCGACAUAGGCUACCACUAUUUGAUCGGCGGCAAUGGACGCGUCUACGAGGGUCGAAGCCCCAGUCAGCGGGGAGCAUUUGCCGGUGCCAACAAUGAGGGUUCCUUGGGCAUCGCGUUCAUGGGCAACUUCGACGAGCAACCGCCAAGCGAUGCGGCCCUGGAGGCUGGAAAGUCUCUUCUAGAGCAGGCUGUUGGGCAGGGCCAGCUGGCGGAGGGCUAUCAGCUGCUGGGGCACCGCCAGGUGAGCGCCACAAAGAGUCCCGGGGAUGCAUUGUACACCCUGGUGCAGCAGUGGCCCCACUGGAGCGAGAUCUGAAACGAAAACGAUAAGCAGAUGCGAUAGGGACGGGAUGGGGCUUAGAUUUAGACACGUAAAGACCAUUCCUUACACAUUUAUUGUAAAUAUAAUUAUGUAUAAUUUGUUGCUUGCUUAAAUACGAAUACUAAAAUUUUAA